GGAAGAUGUGGUUUUUCUUAUAGCAAAUAUUUAGAUUUGACACUAACUAAAAUGACAUAAGAUUUUUCUUCGAAAAUGAUACGUAGUUUAAUUUUCGUCGUGCUAUUUAAAUGUGUUUAUUUCUUGGUGUUUUUACGAGUACUAUUGAUAAUCGAAAAGUACAUUUACGCUGUUUCAUGACAUUCAUCCGCUUGAUUUAGUGUUUCGCGGUUAUACUGGCAGUCUGCCUGACUAAUGCAAAUGUAUGUUUUUGAUCCAACCUUGUUUUUGAUUGUUUUUAGGAAGCCUUAAUACUGCUUCGUGCUCAACUGUGUAUGUAAUUAAAGUAUUACGGCAAUGUCUAUGCAAUGUUUCCCCAAUAGACGGCACUGUUUCUGCUUUUUUCUACAUUUCUUUACGCUGUCUUGGCGGGGGAGUUGUACUGGGUAAAUAGUGUAUGCUUGUGUGUAUCUGGGAUGGACUGGCAUCCUGUCCAGGGUGUACCCCAAUAUUGUGAGGCUCCAACUGAGCCCACCCUGCUGAGUGGAAUAUUAUUUUUAUUAUUAUUGUCAGUAUUAUUAAUAUGAAUAUGAAUAAUUAUAUAUUUAUUUAUAUGUGCGCACCCACAGGCUGAACCCAGUGGUUACAGAAAAUGCAUGGAUGGAUGGAGAUGGGGCAUAAAACCUAUUUAUAACUGCUAUUUAUUGUCAUCAUUUAUCAAUAAUUGAAAUACCAAAACUAUCACAAGCAUUUGGAAGAAUUAGAUAAUUUGAGUCAUGAUUUCAUGGAAGCUGUGUUUUGCUUGUAAUUUGCCUGUAUGUUUAUGAUGCCAUAAAAUAUGUAUAAUCAUUUAUAAAGCACCAAGCCUUCCUUUUUACUUUCUGCCUAUUCUGUCUGUGCAGAGAAUACAGAAAACGAAAGGGAUGUUUUGAUUAGAAAGUUAUGCAUAAUUGAUAUGUUGAUGUAGCUGCAAUGUACAUCUAAGUUGGUGUCACUGGAGCAAAUCAUUAAAGCGAUUGGAGGUUAUGGAGAGCAGAAGGACUUCAGUGACCAGUAAGACCAUGCAGAGAAGGAGUAGGGCUAAGCUGGGCGAGCGGCACGGAAUGGUGCAGGACUCUGUGUCUCACCGUGGAUCUUUCAGCGUUCCCGUUUAUAUCAACCUCCUGAACGCUCGCCGAAACAAGGCUAGACAGAGCAUCUACUCGAUGGCAGAGACCAAUGUCCCGAACAGGCGACGGGAGUGGACAUCACAGACACCCACGUCGAGCGUGGGCGAGGACAGGGCCGUCAUCCUGGGCUUCACCAUGAUUGGCUUCUCCGUGCUCAUGUACUUCUUAUUCGGAUUCACCAUCGUGAGACCCCACCUGAACAGCCCCUGGACCAAGCAGUCCACAUGCAAGCUGAUGCAGGUGGAUCUCCUGAGUGAUCAGGUGGACUGCAGAGACCAGUGCAGUUACCCAUGCCUGAAGGUGCUGGUGAACUUCUCUCACUCUGGACGUGAGGUUGUGCUACGCUACAAGGAAGCAGCUUUUGACCUUGCCCACAAGUGUUUCUUUGUACCCAAAUGCCAGAGAAAUAAAAAAGAAGUAUUAGAGGAGACUCAGAGAAUUCAGAGCUGGCUGUUGAAGCAAGAGGACGGACUUUUCAGCUGCUACUCUCGCGUGGAGGACCACCCGAAGGAGGCCGUCUUGAGCAGGAGGUACGACGGCUGGCUGGUGCUGCAGUGCAUGUGCUGGUCCACGCUGAUGCUGCUGGGUGGGGUUAGCAUCGUGUGCCUGGUGAAGCUGACUCAGAGGCUGGCACACAUGUGUCUAAGGCUGGAGGCCAUGGAGGGUCCAGGCAGGUACCGGCCGGCGCCAACAGAGAGCGAGGAACGACGGCGAAUGCCUGCGGCUAGCGUGCUGGGUAAUGACAUGGACUAGUGACCCUGAAAGUUCUAGGUUCCAGGAGAGGCUUUGCUGUGAGUUGCUUUGAGCAAAGGCCCUGAAAGUGACUGUAGCCAUUUAGACCAACACUGUAAAUUUUCUUGGAAAAUCCAUCAAACUGUUUAUACUAUAAGUGGCUGUGGCAGGCUGCUGGGGUCUAAUCUAUUUAUGGCACUCAAUUUUAGCAGUUUUUACCCAAACUCAACCAGUGUAGCCUUAUUCACGCUUUGCCAGGAAGGGAUACUUAGGAAGUACUCUGCAUUUGAAAUAAAAUUUAUU